AUGGCGCCGUCAAAAACCCCAUGCGUCGUAGACUCAACCUGGAGGAGGAAGCUAGUGAUGGCGGCGUCGGCGGAAACCCCCUGCUGGUGCGCUGCAGGCUCAACCUGGACAACACCAAGAGCACAGCUGAUGGAGAACCUGAGGUCCCUCGCCAAGCAAAACACCCUGCUGCUACCCCUCGCUGUCAUCGACACCUCCACCACCUCCACGCCAGAUGGGCAGGGCACCACCAAGGGCAAGAAGAAGAAGGCAAUACUGACAAGACGGGUGGCCAAACUUGUCCUGAAGCCUUACAAGAGCAAGCAGCGGGCCGCUGCCACUACUGAUGAAGAUGAAGACGCCAUCAUUGCCGAUGAUGAUGACCCCAUCGCCAUGGUGCUCGCUGUUCGCAACGAGUCCGCUGGAACGGAGCUGAUGUACGUGCCGCACUGGGAGUCCGAGUCCGUGGUGCUUCCCACGCGAAGACGCUGCGGCAGCUGGAAGGAAGAAACAAGUGAAACAAUUGAUUGGGAAGCUCUACUGCAUGCAUCGUUCGGUGAAAUUGAAGAAUGCAUCAAGGACCGUGGAACUCAAAGCCAGAUGACAUUCAGAAUACUGCUUUUACUCACUCGGAUCAAGAGAGACCAAGGAAGCAUUGACCUCGAGUGGCUUAGAUACAUCCCUUGUGCAAAGGCAAAGUAUGAAUUGCAUUGUCAACUAAUAACAUUUGGAAAGGAAUGUAAAUUGAUUUUUUUAAAGUCAAUAUGCGCCCAAGACCGGCCGAAUUGUGGUGCCUGCCCAUUUACUAAAGAUUGCAAGUACUACAAAAGUCUAAGUGAAAGGUACAUAAUCCUAGAUGGGCAUGAAAUCUUGGACAAGUUUGAACCAAGGGUUCAUGGUGAUUACAAACCAUACCUCUUUAUAAUUCGUGGUCAUGAUGACUAUAAUGUCAAUGCUACAAUUCUGGUUUUUGCAGAUAAUUCAUCUACCCGUUCAACUAUACAAAUAAAAAGGGAUAUUUUGUGGGACUUCGAAAGGUGUAGGGUGUACUUUGGCACAUCAUUAGCUACUAUCGCCAGAGAUAUAUUAUCACUUUAA